AUGGAGGCACCCAACAGCACAACGUUCAGUCACCUCACCUUCGUCCUGGUCGGCAUCCCGGGCCUGGAGCCCUGGCACCCCUGGAUCUCCAUCCCCUUCGCGCUGAUGUACAUGGUGGCGGUCGUGGGGAACUGUGGUCUCCUCCUGCUCAUCACCACCCAGCGCAGGCUGCACGAGCCCAUGUUCAUUUUCCUCUCCAUGCUGGCGGUGGCCGACAUACUGUUAUCCACCUGCACCGUGCCCAACACACUGGCCAUCUUCUGGUUUGGACCCAAGGCCAUUUCCUUCAGUGCCUGCAUCACCCAGGUGUUCUUUAUGCACUUUGUAUUUGCUACAGAAUCGGCCAUCGUGUUGGCCAUGGGGUUCGAUCGGUACGUCGCCGUCUGCAACCCCCUGAGGUACACGACUGUCCUCACCAAUGCAAACAUAGGGAAAAUAGCCAUGGCCAUUGUCAUCAAAAGCUUUUGUCUGGUUGUCCCCUUUGUCUUUCUCCUCAAACGGCUGCCCUUCUGCGCAAGCAAUGUCAUUGAACACUCCCAUUGUGAUCACAUCGGGGUGGCCAGGCUGGCCUGUGCAGACAUAACCAUCAAUAUCUGGUUUGGCUUUUCAAUGUUUCUCUUAACUAUUGUAGUAGAUUUUAUGUUCAUCGCUGUGUCUUAUGUGCUGAUCCUCCGGGCUGUCUUCAAGCUGCCCACCAAAGACACUCGGCUCAAGGCUCUUGGCACCUGCGGCUCACACGUCUGUAUCAUCCUCCUAUUUUACGUCCCAGCCUUUUUCAGCGUGUUAACCCACCGCUUUGGCCAUAAUGUCCCUCGACAUAUUCACAUCUUGCUGGCCGAUCUCGACCAGCUCAUUGCCCCCGUGCUAAACCCCUUUGUUUAUGGGAUGAAAACCAAGAAGCUGUGGGAACAAAUGGUCUGUGUGUUGUCUCAGAAGGGGAAAUGGUUCUGA